AUGGAUAUGACUCCUAAAUCUCCUGAACCCGAAACCGAAACUCCGACCAGGAUCCAACCAGCGAAACCCAUCUCCUUCAGCAACGGAAUCAUCAAGCGCCACCACCACCACCACCACCCAAUCGCCGUCACCUACAAAGAAUGCCUCAAGAACCACGCGGCGGCGAUUGGCGGUCAUGCCCUCGACGGUUGCGGCGAAUUCAUGCCUUCUCCUUCUUCCUUACCUUCUGAUCCAACUUCCCUCAAGUGUGCCGCCUGCGGUUGCCACCGUAACUUCCACCGCCGUGACCCCGACGAUUCCUCCCUCACCUCCGCCGUACCUCCGCCGACUCUCCCUCCAUCGUCCACCACCGCCGCCAUCGAGUACCAGCCUCACCACCGUCACCACCCGCCUCCACCAGCUCCUCCUCUCCCUCGCAGUCCCAAUUCCUCUUCUCCGCCGCCAAUCUCCUCCUCUUACAUGCUCCUCGCUCUCUCCGGUACCAAUAAAACCGCCGGAAACACCUUGCCGUUCUCAGAUCUCAACUUCGCCGCCAACAAUCUCUCCGCUCACCACCUUACGCCAGGUUCUCGGAAGCGAUUCAGGACGAAAUUCAGCCAGAAUCAGAAGGAGAAGAUGCACGAAUUCGCCGAUCGAAUCGGAUGGAAGAUUCAGAAGCGCGACGAGGACGAGGUGCGCGAUUUCUGCCGCGAGAUCGGAGUCGAUAAAGGCGUCCUCAAGGUCUGGAUGCACAACAACAAAAACACCUUCAAUAACAACCGCCGCGACCACCAAUUCUCCGGCGACACCACCGUUCAGAGGAUCGAUAACGGCGUCGCGGUUUCCGGCGGGGAGAACAAUAAUAAUAACAACGCCGACGAUGAUGUCGCUCGCGGUGGAAACGGUUUAGAACACGAUCUCCACAACGGCGGUGGUGGGAGAUUUGAGAGUGACAGCGGCGGAGCUGACGGCGGAAACGCAAACGGCUCGUCGUCUUCGUCGUGA